AUGAAUCAUACAACAUUACCAGUUUUAUCAACAACUGUUCGUACAACUGAUUCUACUACUUCAACAACAUCAAUACUGUCAACAGAACCACCCUGUGUGUUAACAUUUGACCAAUCAAAUUUAUUUACAUUUAACCUCAAUUCUUCUUUUGGGUCAAUCGUUACUGAUGAUUUUAAUGGUGAUGGUUCUCUCGAUCUUGCUCUCGUUGGGUACGAAUUGGAUAAUCUUAAUAUAUUUCUUGGGAAUAAUAAUGGAACUUUUACAGCACCAUCUAUAUAUGUUAUUGGAUCUGAUAAUGAUCCACACUUUGUUACUGCUGGUGACUUUAACAAUGAUAAUCAUAUAGAUCUUGCUGUCGCGAAUUUUAAAUCUGAUACUAUAGGAAUCUUUUUUGGGUAUGGUAAUGGAACUUUUCAAACACAACAGAUAAUUUCAACUGGAUUCGUUCAUUUACCCUUAAGAUUAGUAAUUGGUAAUUUCAACGAUGAUCAUCAUUUAGAUAUUGUUGUUACUGGUGUGCAAUCAGGUAUAAUGUUUGGUUUGGGUAAUGGUUAUUUUAGUAGCAUAACAGUUCUCCAUGAUGAUGAUGGGUUCAAUGAGAAUUGGAUUAUUGCUACUAAUUUUAAUAAUGACACACAUCUAGAUCUUAUUGCCAGUUACGGUUCAGAUGGCAUGGUACGGAUAUUACUUAACAAUGGUUAUGGGUAUUUUUAUUUGUGGAUGACUUUAACUUUUGAAAAAUCUUCUUAUACAAAUUCAUUUACUAUAGCUGAUUUAAACAAUGACAAUCGAUUAGAUUUGGUUGUUGCUAAUGAAAAUAAAAAUUACAUAAGUAUUUUCAUUCAGAAUAAUAAUGGAACUUUUGGACAACAGACAACGUAUCCGACAGGAGUAUUUGGUAGUAUAGAUACGGUUGUUGCCGGUGACUUUAACAAUGAUGGCCAAGUCGACCUUGCUGCUACUCUUCUUCUUAGAAAACAAGUAAAUAUUUGGGUGGGUAUUGGUAAUGGAACAUUUUUAGUGCCAUCCAUGUUUUCAACUGGAUCUAUUAGUGCACCCACUGCAAUGAUUACAGGUGAUUUUAAUAGUGAUAGUGCUCUGGAUUUUAUUGUAAUAGAUAAAUAUUCAGCCAAUGUACUUAUUUCUAUCAAUACAUGUGAUUGUUGUAUACAAAAUAUUUCGAAGAAAUAA